CGUCUCCCCCCUCGUCCUUCAUAUUUUUUACUGAAAUUUUUUAAUUUUGCAAGGAAAAGUCGGGAUAAUUGUGUUUAAUGGCUUCUUCUGAGAGUUUUGUCACUUUUGAACAACCAUGGACGUUCCAGCGAUCACUGGUUUCCGACUUCUACACAAAAGAGAAUGACGCGCUCACUAAAGCCUUGCAAAUGUCAUUUACAGGUGGUGUCGCCGCAGCCGACUCGGCGCUGUCUCUAUCGGUGAAGCCUGAAACGGUGCCGUUCCAAACACCCACGGCCUCCGGUGGGUCAGAAAGUGAAGCCCCGGUUUCGAAACCCAGGUCCGUCGGAUUGACCAGGAAGAUUACCAAACGGAAGUCACGCGCGAUGAAAGGUGCAACGACGACGUUUAUAACAGCUGAUGCUGCGAAUUUCAGACAAAUGGUACAGCAAGUGACCGGUGUGAGGUUCGGAGGCUUGAACGUACAGGUGCCAGUAACUCAAGUGCUGAAGCCUGAGCCUCAAAGGCUAGUCAACCGGCUGCAGACGAGUGGAGGCUUGCCUACGCUUGACACGUCAUCUUUUCUUCUAGGCCAAACUCACCACCAGCAAGUAGACCCUGCUUCGUAUUUGGUGGCUCAGCCACCUGUUGUUAGUUCUCAACCACCGACCACGGUGGUUACUGAUGGAGGCUUCGGUGGGCUUGACUUCAACUCUCUUUCUAACUUUCCCACACUUGAAUCUUGGAAGGUUAUGUAAUGUGGUGCAAAUGAGGUUAACUUUCAUCCAUUGGGGGACGGCCCAAAUCAUUGACAUUAUCCGAUCGUUAAGUUCGACUUAAUUUCCAUUUUUUUUACUAGUUUAUUUUUUAUGAAGAGGAAUAUGUGACAGGGGUAAAAUGGGAAAUGUAGUUAAUAUUUUGGGAUAUAGCUUGUAUGAAUGGAACUCUAUUGUAUGAGAUGCCAUAUAAUGUGACAUAAGUUGUUUUCAAUCAUUUCUAUUUCAA